AUAGGUUGAAGGUUGUAGGCACUGGUUUGUUCAGGAAAGAGGAAGAGGUUUAAACACAUGGACAUGAAAGCACCAUAUUUCACACACAGAAACAGUCUUUAGUCCGGGUUGCUGCCUCGUUGUGCAAGUGGAGAAGAAUCUGAGUUUUUGGACUUAAGUUAAACUGGUAGUAAUGGGAGCGACAUGGAUCUCAUGGAGAACGACUACAGCUGUCAUCAUUACUAUACUACAAAUCCGAGCUCUGAUCAGUGUCAAAACCACAGCUGUUACCGGUGUGGAAGGCCAGAGAUUUGACUUCAGAUGUGACUAUAGAAAUGACCUGCAGAGCAAUGCUAAGUACUUCUGCUAUGAUAAUGAUGACAAGGUGUCCACCAACCCCCUGGUAAGGACAGCGAAACAUGACCAGUGUAAGAGAAAUGAACGUUUCUCUCUGUACGACAACCACAACGAAGCCUUCUUUACUGUCACUGUGGACAAACUCACCUUGGAGGACAGCGGGACGUACCGGUGUGGGGUGCUCAUUACAUCCCUCCCUGAUGAAAUCAGUUUCAUAAAACUGAAUGUUACCACAGUAACUGGAUCCCCCAUAUUUCCAAAGGAUGUCACAGUGGACAGUGAGUAAUGUGUGUGUUUG